AUGGAUAAGCGGCCAAUUUACGUGCCUUUUCCCCAGGGUGGAAAUCUAAGCUCAUCUUCCUCGUCUACAUAUAAUCCAAAUGGAAUUCCAGAUCAGUCUGAAAGAAAAUCCAAUAAAAGAUCAGUUACCAAGUCCAUCAUUGGCGGGUUUGGGAAACUAUUCAGCCGGAGGCCAUCAGCUUCUUUACAGCCGUUUUACUCUUCGCCUACGCUGGCAUACAACCAGUGUGAUGCAAUUGUUACCAGCGGAAAUGCAAAUUCUGAAGUUACGAACGGAUCUGAAAGUGAAGAUCUUGACGACUAUAAAGUUAAGGCCAAUAUUGACGCCAUUCUCAAGCAGCAUUCUGAUUAUAUUGCCAACCAGUUCAAAGAUUUUUUCUCCGCAAAAAAAGACAGCAUCAAUUCUGGGCUUCCUCUUUCAAACUCUUCAUUUGUAAAGGAAAGGGCAUUUUCCUAUCCCUGGCUGCCGCCGGAAUCUUGGGCCGUGGCCCAUCUUGAAGAUAAAAGUUCAAAAAAAAGCUACAGUUCAAGAGUAUUAGACCCAGACCAUCUGGGUCUUAUAAAGGGCCAAUUAAAGUACGAAUACCUAGGCUCCUAUGACUUUUCUCCAAAGAUCGUAUCUUCUUCUGAAAUUUCCUUGCCACUGUGCACGGAGACGCAAAUAGAGCCUCAAAAAGCAUCAUAUUCGCCAGGCGCAGAUUCAAUGCAAAGGUCGGCAGCUAUGUUAUCGAAGAAGAUUAAUUUACUCAACCUGUCUUCAGAAUUCUCCCCGUCAGCCUUGGCAGAGCCUGCUGUAUUUGCACCGGCCAAUCCCGUCUGGUGGAUCAGGGUGUGGAAAUCUCUUCGUAGAGGCUCGCUUCCAUGCCAAUCUUCGUCAUUCUCUUCGAUCGGCUCUAAAGAUCUGCUAUCUUUCAGUACGAUACCUUUUGGGUUUGUCACGGUUUCCUGCGCUUUGGAGGUUACCACCAAGGAGCUGCUUUCUAUUGCGUCCUCUAAAUUUUCCAAUUCAUUUCUACCUGUAACUUCCUCAAUGUCAUCUUCGGCUUCUGGCGAAUUGUACGUAGUCCAUCGCGGAGUAGCCAGAAUCCUCCAUUCCAACGAUAAGCCUAUUAUGCUGCAAAAAAAAUGGUUUGAACAGCUCGGAUAUUCUGACUUGGCAAAGUUACCAAACCUGGGCCUUCAAGAUCACUCGUAUGUAUGCCAGUUCAUCUAUUUUGAUUCUGGAGAUGCAUCCAAUUGUCUCUCUUUGAUUUCCAACGAAAACCACUUGAACGAUUCUAGCGUGUUCCCGACCGAUUACCAACUAACACAAAGCCAUGCCAUAUUACCGGCAAGAAAUUUGCUUGUACUUCCAGUGAAGCUGUUUCAGUUGGUUUCUUCAAUAGAAAUCCUUGAUAUCUCGCGAAAUCCAAUGAUCUCCAUCCCGACCGAUUUCAUUCAGUCCUGCAGCAGAUUAAAAACAAUUGUGCUGACAUCUUGUGAGCUGGACAUGGUACCCCGAUCGAUCCCAUUUUGCUCGACGUUAACGACCCUAAUUCUUAGGGACAAUUUAUUGAAUGAAGAUUCCCUCGAUUGCUUGUGCUUGUUGAAAAAUUUGGAAACUCUGGACUUGACUGCCAAUCACUUGUCAUAUCUCCCUCUUUCGUUGGUUACUUUGACAAAGCUGAAAAGCCUGAAUCUGUCUUCAAAUGGGAUCACCACGUUGCCUUCGGUGUUGUUUCAUCUGAAAUCGCUGGAGUUUCUUGACUUGUCCUUUAAUUUCAUUACAUCGCUACAAGAAGAAAUCUGCCACUUGGAGAAUCUGACGGUUCUCAUUUUAGCGUACAACAGAAUUAGAACAUUAGAGCCUCAAUUUUCCAACCUCGCCAAACUGGACCGCAUUGAUAUUAGAGGCAAUAAUAUUUCAGACAUCAAUAUGCUUUUGUCCUCUGGCUCGCUCUCAUCCAUCAAUGCACAGUACAAUUCGAUCUCAAAGUUCCAGCUGGUCUCCCAGGGAUCUUGCAUUUCCGUGCUGAACUUGGACAAUAACUCUUUGAGUAGCAUUGAGGUACCCUCCCCAAUUUGCGGCAAUUUCUUUUGCUUCCAUACGCUCACUGAAUUGAUGAUUUGCUCAAGCAAACUAGUGUCGCUACCAGAGGCCUUGUUUACAUGUUGCCCCAAUAUUGUCAAGCUUAGGCUGGAUAACAACCAGCUUAAAGAGCUGCCCUGUACAUUUGGAAAUAUUUCUAGCACUUUGGUUUCUUUAAGCAUUUCAAAUAACAAGCUAACCUCGCUGCCCAACUCCAUUUGCCUGUUUAAGAAAUUAAUUAGCUUGGAUUUGCACGAAAAUAAUUUGUCCUCAUUGCCGAUGGCACUGCUCUCGUGUCGUCAGCUAUUGAUAUUGAACAUCAGUUCUAACCUUUUAUCUUCUCUCCCUUCGCUUUCCUUCCACAGUGCCGAUGCCAUCGAUCCUGAUUGCUACCCCAGGCUGCAACUUUUGAAUGUUAGGUAUGGAUUUGUGACAUGUUAA